AAUGGGUGAAAUGGGCCCUACCAUGGCUUCUAAACAAGAUGUAGAUGUGUUGGAAAAUUGGGAGGACAUUGAAGAGACUGAUGUACUAGAGAAAAAAUUUAAUAAUCUCAUAGCACCAAGUAAAUCCUUAGACUGUAAAAGUAAUGGUAGUAUAGAAACGCCUGUGAAAAUAAUACUUACUGGUGAUGAUGCCUUAAGAACACAAUAUGUGCCUCCAGAACCUUCAGUCAAGAUCCUCAAGAGACCCUCAAAAAACUCCCAUCUCAAUGGGGACUCAAAAGUAUACCAACCCAAGAAGACAUUACAGCAAAGAGAACAGGAAUAUGCUGAAGCCAGACUUAGAAUAUUAGGAGAAGCUAGUCCUGAAAAAUUAGAAGAAAAGAUAAGUAUACAGAAAUCUAGACCAACAGAAAGAACAAUAGAUGUAAAUGUGAUAAGAAUGCCCAAGGGACCUGAUGGUACAACUGGUUUUAAUAUUCAUAGAUAGUAUUUGUUAACUGUGUAACAAUCUCUCAAUUUUCAAUGCAUUGUUACUG